CACCCACACCCACACCCACACCCACACCCACCCACACCCACACCCACACCCACACCCACACCCAGACUUAGCUCCUAUGGACUACCAUUUGUUCCGUUCUCUUUCUAACCAUUUGAAGGAGAAAAAGUUCGACGACGAAAACGACCUGGAAAUGGACCUCCUCAACUUCUUUGGCCAAAAGUCGUAGGACUUCUACGAACGCGGGAUCCUUUCUCUACCAGAGCGUUGGUGACAAGUCAUCGAUAGUAAUGGAGUAUACAUUGUUGAAAGCUAGUUGUAUUCUUGAUAUUAAAAAAUAAAAAUAAAAUUUUCAAAAAAAACGACAAAACUUUCUUACCAACCCAAUAAUAGGCCUUGGAGACCUAUGGGUACCUCUAUAUAAUAGCUCUCGAGGUCAUAUGGAUACCCCUAUAUGAUAGUCCUUGGGCACCUAUGGAUAUCCCUAUAUAAUAGCUCUUGAAGACCUAUGGGUAUCCCUAAUGAUAGGCCUUGAGGACCUAUUAUGGGAUCAGUUCAUAGAGCUGAACUGUUUGAAAAGUUUCAGUUCAUUCAAAAGAACUGCUGAGACAGUUCAGUUCAAAUGAACUGAACUGUUCUAAAAAGUUCAGUUCGUUCAAAAGAACGGUUUGAACAGUUCAGUUCGUUUAGUGAGCGUUUUGAACAGUUCAUCAGUUGUGAACUAAAGCUGAACUUGUCGACCUCUAAUAAAGAUCUGAGAUACGAGAAUCAAACCGUUAGUAUGUUGGCGAUUAACGCAUUUUGCGUUCGAAGUAUAUGGAGUUUUCUUGCUAAACAAAAGAGUAAGAAAGCAGAUAGAAUAUAUUAUUUUAUUCUUUAUUUUCAGAACAUCUAGAGAAAUGAACACCACAACGCCAGGACCAUCUCAGCGUCACGGAUCUUCCCAAUCACAACAAAAUCUCGGUGCAAGCGCAGCAUCAUCAUCGUCACCAGCAUCAAUCAUAGACCCGGCUGCUUUUGAACUUUACACAAGAUUAAAAAAAAUUGCCAAAGAUUAUAACCUUGAAAGUAAGUUACAAAUACCACAAUUGGUUAUAGUUGGUGAAACAUCAGUUGGUAAAUCAAUGUUAGUACAAUACUUUUUACGAUUUCCAUGUUCAUUUUCACAAGCCAAAGUUGCAACACGUUGCCCAGUUGCAUAUCGUUUACGUUAUAAUCCCAGAUUGAAUGAUGGCGAGAUCAAAAUCAUAGAACCUGUAGGGUUAACACCACAAAAAUUAGCUGAUCAUUUAGCAGACUAUAUGAAACAAAUUGAGAAUACUGAUGGGUUUCGUCUUGAACCACAUACAAUUGAGUUGGAAUCAAAUGCAUAUAGUGAUUUUGAAAUAUUAGACAUUCCAGGUCUAGUUGGUGGAGAAAGAGAUGAACGACAUCGAAAAGCGGUAGAGCGUAUCACAGAAGCGUACGUGCGUAAUCGAAACUUCAUGAUUGUUCAAUUAAGAGAGGCUCAUCAACCGCUAGUAAAUGCAAAUGGUAUGCUUACAAUUUAUAGAUUAUGCACUAGUGUACCAGCUGAGUAUAAUCGAGAUUUGCCACCACGUCCAGACUAUCUUGAUCAUACUGUGACAAUACAAACAAAAUUUAAUAUUUUUAUGUCAGAAAAUACUAAUGCUAAAGAUGUUAAUAAUUUAAUCGACGCUAUGAAAAUUGAAUAUGGGGGUAAAACAUAUUUUACGAAUAUGAUUUUUGACGGUUAUACUAUGUCUGACCAUUUAUACGAUGAAAAUGUGAAAUAUAUUGCUGAUUUACCGGAAUUAGAAAAGGAAAAAGUCAAUGAAUGGAUUGAGAAACUUAAUCAACCAGCUCAUGCACAACCAAGCAGAUUUGAAUUCUUCAAUCAACAAAAUCGUCCAUUGAUUGGAAUUGAUAUUGUAAGAACGAAAAUUCAAGAAUUAUGGAUCAAAGCUAUCUACUCUGCUUUACCCGACUUGAACGUUGCUAUUCAUGAACAAUUAGUGAAUGCACGACAGCGAUAUAAUGCAGCCUUAAAGCAACUUGAACAACAAAAUCCCAAAACUGUUAAGACAGACUAUACCAAUUAUAUCAAUGAUUUUCACUCCGUGUUUACAUCAUACAUAAAUAUGAAAUCAGAAACUGAUAUUCCGUUCAGCUAUUCUAAAUGUAGCAAAACUUACGCCGAUAUUGAAUGCGAAUACGAACAGUGGAAACGCCGUAUACUACAUACAUGGCGUGCAUAUUUAUCUUAUAAGGACAUGAAGCAAUUGUUUACUGAUAGAGAAGAAUAUGGCGAUAUGCUAAACACAUUAGACUGUCCAUUAGCCGGAGCACGUCAUUUUCAUCGCUUAGAACAGGUAUUUAAAGCUAUGAUAUAUACAUUUAAACCACGACAGCUUACUCGUGGUGAAAUUGAAACCGCAGAAUCGCACAUCGCAUAUAGUAUUUCAACUGGAGAAAAUUUAGAAAAAGCUACACGUGAAUUAGUUCGAAGUUUAAUUAGAGACACUUUUUUAAUUGGUAUUUGUUGGUUAACACAAAUGUAUAUAUUUUUAUGCGAUAUGCUUCAAAAUGACGUUACGAAAUAUCUUCUAUUUACAGCAAACCAAUAUCCACAGCUAAGAAAUCACUUUCGAUUUUUACAUUGCGUUGAAUUAUCUUAUCAUAAAACAGUACGCACAGGUGUACGAGAAUCUCUUCAGUUAAUCAAAUUAGCACGAAAUGCAUCAACAUCUUAUAUUACACAUGAUUUAACAAUAAAUAUUAAGAAAUUAGCUUAUUCUAUACCAACAGAAAUCAAACACAAAGAAUUGGACGGAUUGAACAGGAGAAUGACGAUGUCUAUGAAUGAUCACAUUGUCCAAGUAAAUAACCAAACAACAGGUGCCGAUAUUUUUGAACGUAUAUCACCGGCAAAGAUUCAAAGUUAUCUCUAUGCAUCCGAAUCCUACUUAACGGCAGAUCGUAAUCCACAGACAGCUAACCAUCAUGAUCAUGGACAAAGAGUAAUAUUAGAAAUGUAUUCAGCUGUACGUGGUCAAUUAAUACAGAUAAUAAUAGCAGCAUUUAAUACCAGUCUUUUAAUAAAACUACAUGAAUUUGAUACAAUACGACCUGAUAUCAAUUCACUAUACGGACGUCUAAUGGGAAUGUCUGAUCAACAAAUCGUUAGAAUGGCCAAUGUAAAGUUUGAUGAAAUACGAAAAGAAUUAGACAAGAUUGAAGCAGAAAUUAUUGAUUUAGAAAAUGUUCGUUUUUAUAUUGACAAAGCCAUGAAACAAUCAAUUUCAGGAGGAAAUAUUUCAGCUGCUGCGAGCGAUAAUCUACAACAUGAUUCAGAAGAAGAAAAUAACGCUAGAAAACAGCAGCUGAGGAAAAAACGAAAACAUAUUGAAAAAGAAUUGGGUAAACUUCGAACUAUUGAUCAUGAAACAAACGCAAUCGAAGAACAACAUGAUGAAAGCAAUGGCAGUGACGACGAGGAAAUGGAAGAUUACGUGAGUCAAUUAAUAAGAUCACGAAGUAAGAUUGAAGCAAAUCAAUUAUUGGCGAAUAUCUACAAAGAAGAGGAUAGUCAAGAUAUGGAGGCGGCAUUUUUGAAAGGAGAUAGUCUAGACGCAGAUAAACACGUACCCAAAGCACAACGACAUCUUGCUCUAGUCGCGGAUAGAACAACAUACGAUGCUGUCGAUCUACCACAAACACCAUUGUCAUCUGCACCACUACCAUUUCCAUUCCCAGCACCGCAGUCGGUUUCUCCACAAUUUUCCUCAAUAACGACAACAAUGCCAUCAGCAUUCGACCACAGUCACCAACCAUCAUCCGUUCAAGGAACUGCUGCUCCUUUACCCCGAUCUGAUACAUACUUAGACAGUUUGUAG